AGCUUUGGGAACUACAACAUUUAUACAACAGUCAUUUGAAAGUCAAAUGAAUGUUUCCAAGAAUCCAUCCUUCACAGAAAGAUCAGAGAAGCACCAUGGCUUGUGCCGAUGUUGACAUGGACAUCCAAGGAGAUUACGAUGAGCCAGGCGAGGCAAUGUCGCUGAUACAAUAUUACCAAGCUACAGAAAUCAUACCAGAUAAGCAAGGACCGCUGCAUAACCUGCUGCAGAAACAACCUGCUGUGUUGGGGUCCCUGCAGAUGAUGAGCGGUGUUUUCAGUGUUGGAGUGGGAAUUCUUUUUGCUGCAACGCAGGGGAUGGACCAAUCUCUUUUCACUCUAUUCAGAGUUUCCCACCUGACCGGAAUACUUUUCAUCGUCGCUGGAGUUGUGUCCAACCUGUUGUUCAAAUAUCCAGGAUUACUACGUUUGUCCCUCAACAUUAACUGUGGCUGCAUUAUUGUAGCUGCAAUUGCAGCUUGUCUGAUCACUGUUGACCUGGUUCGUUGGAAAUCAGAACAUCACCAUCAUUUGAAGAUGGAGGUGAUGGAACUUUGUGUGUUGUUACUGGAAGUCGUACUCUCUGCAAUCCUCUGCUUCUGGUUCUCUAAAGAGAAACGUGCCAAAUAUCAGAGAAGCACCAUGGCCUGUGCCGAUGUUGACAUGGAUAUCUGGGGAGAUUACAAUGAGCUACUCAGUCCAGGCAAGAGAGUGCUGCCACCGAUACAAAAUUACCAAGCUACAGAAAUCAUACCAGAUAAGCAGGGACUGCUGCAUAACCUGCUGCAGAAACAACUUGCUGUGUUGGGGUCCCUGCAGAUGGUGAGCGGUCUAAUCAGUGUUGGAGUGGGAAUUUUUUUUGCUCUAACACAGGAGAUACAACAGUCUCUUUUCACUCUAUUCAGAGUUUCUCACCUCACCGGAAUACUUUUCAUCUUCGCUGGAGUUGUGUCCAACCUGUUGUUCAAAUAUCCAGGAUUACUACGUUUGUCCCUCAACAUUAACUGUGGCUGCAUUAUUGUAGCUACAAUUGCAGCUUAUAUGAUCACUGUUGACCUGGUUCGUUGGAAUCCAGACAAUGAACAUCAUUUGAAUAUGGAGGUGAUGGAACUUUGUGUGUUGUUACUGGAAGUCGUACUCUCUGCAAUCCUCUGCUUCUGGUUCUCUAAAGAGAAACGUGCCAAAUCACCGUGAUCGGUUAAAAAUGACUUGUUUCAUUUGCACAGCGGUUUGAGAAUUUAUUCUUUAAAUAAAGUGUUUGCAUUUAGAGUGAACAAUGGGCUGUAUAUAAGUUAAGAUACUGUAUUAGCACAAGUUUUUUUGUACAUCAAGUGUGACUUUCUGUUCGUUG